UUUUUACGGCUUUGAAUGGGAUCUCGAACAAAACAAACACGCGGAUUCAUUUCAACACAGUUGCAAAGGGGGAAAAUGGAGGAAGAGGAAGGACAGGGAGACAGACGAGUAACGAGGAGUAAUGGGGAUCGAGAGGAGCGGAUCGUUUAUAGUGUGGAGGACACUCCCCCUCCCCUUCUCACUUUCGUAUUUGCAUUGCAGCAAGCUAUUCUGGCUUUAGGAAGCACACUGUCUAUUCCCUUCAUUUUAACCAUACAACUUUGUGCCAGCACAAACUCUGACGCUCGCGCCCAGCUCCUGUGUAUUUCCAUGUUUAUGUGUGGCGUGGCGACCCUUCUACAAACAACGUUCGGUGUCAGACUAGGGAUCAUACAGGGUGGAUCCCACAAUUUUAUCGCCCCAAUUAUAGCUAUGAUGGCGCUAGACAAAUGGAAGUGCACAGAGCAAGAGCUAAAUGUUGACGAAUUGAAUUACAAUUCCACAAUCAUCGACAGAGACGAGAUUUGGCAGAAAAGAAUGCGCGAGAUUCAAGGCAAUUUGAUGUUGGCCUCUGUUAUUCAGCUUGUCUUGGGAUGUACCGGCCUGAUGGGGUUUUUCCUUAAGUUCAUUGGCCCCCUCACCAUAGCUCCUACUAUUUCUUUGAUAGGCCUUUCUCUAACAGGUGUAGCAGCCGAUAUCAACAAGUACCACUGGGGAAUAGCCAUGCUAACGUUGGUGCUGAUUGCAGUAUUCAGUUUAUACCUGGGCCGCCUCAAAAUUCCUUUACCAAGUUUUUCAAAAGCCAAAAAAUGUCACAUUACAAGAUACCCAAUCUUCCAGCUUAUGCCAGUGAUUCUCAGUGUUGCCAUCUGUUGGCUGCUUAGUUAUAUUCUUACAGUCACGGACGUCCUUCCUCCAAAAAUUGUCAUCCAAAACAAAUCCAGCACCAAUCUCGCGCGUACAGACGCCAGGCUAGACGUACUCAAUACCAUGCCGUGGUUCUAUUUCCCAUAUCCAUUUCAGUUUGGCAUACCCACGGCUUCGGUGGCAGGAUUCGCAGGAAUGCUUGCCGCCACUAUAUCAUCUGUUAUCGAGUCCGUGGGAGAUUAUUUUGCUGCCGCUCGGCUGUCAAAUGCCGAGGCACCACCACCUCAUGCAGUAAACCGUGGAAUAGCCACUGAAGGCUUUGCUAGCAUCAUUUCCGGUAUGGUUGGAGCAGGGCAUCCCACCACUUCAUACAGUGGAAAUAUUGGAGCCAUUGGAAUAACAAAGGUUGCCAGUAGGCGUGUUUUUCAAGUGGCUGGGAUUAUCCUUCUCCUGAGUGGCAUUAUCGGUAAAUUUGGUGCGGUACUGACAUUGAUCCCAGAUCCCAUUAUAGGUGGGACUCUGACGGUAGUGUUUGGGAUGGUGGGAGCAGUUGGGAUUUCCGUGCUUCAGUUUAUGGACAUGUCAUCUACCAGAAAUCUGACAAUUCUAGCUUUGUCGAUGAUACUGGGUCUGAUGAUCCCGCAGUGGUUACUUCAAAACCCAAAUUCUAUUAAUACUGGAAGUGACGAUCUUGACCAGGUUCUGAAGGUCUUGCUUACUACCGCCAUGUUUGUUGGUGGAGUCAUCGGCUUUAUUCUGGACAAUACUGUACCAGGGUCGAAAGAAGAACGUGGGCUAAUAAAAUGGCGGGAGACUUUAGACUUAAGUCUGGAGAGAAGAAAACCAGUUCAAUAUAACAUGCCUCUAGUUACAAAGUUAUUGAAACGAUUGAAAUGUUGUGCAUAUUUUCCAAUAUCCCCAACAUUUACAAAAAGUCCACUAAACUGUUGUAAGAAAAGUAGGACUCAAAAGAAAUAUGAACCUGACAUAGUCCUCACUGACACCAAACCAGUACAACAAAAUGGCAGCAGUGACUUCUCUGAGAAACUGUAGUAAUGAAAAGACACUGGUCAUGUCUUCAUCAAAAUCAGCGAUGGCUUCAAUCAGCUUAGAUAUGUCCGAGGGAACCAGUAAUGAGGUCAUGUACCGUACAUGAAACCGUGCAUCAUAUUCUGUUUCAUAAGGUGAAUCUGUAUAUGAGCAACAUGAACUACAUUGUACUCAAUUAUAUUAAAGACUAUAAAUAUUUUUUUAUUAUUCUUUGAUAUUAAUUAUUCAGCCUUGGUUUGAUUGAAUUCAGAAUAUCUUCACUAUAACUCUUCUACCUCCUCUGUCAACAAAUUCCAUUUCAGAAUCCUACAAACAUUUCAAAGAGUUAUGGCGAAGUCAAAACAUUAUAUGUAAAAGAAUAAUGUUCUAUUUUUAUUUAAGAUAUCCGUUACAAAGAGUGUAACUUUAGUAUGUGAAUUCUCCAUACCUUGUGUUAUACACGAGUAUGGAACAUAAGAGGUACUCGGUGACAGAUUUGUGAUAUAUGCAUACUGUACCCAACCCAAUUUGACGAUUUUUAGAAUUUUAUCAAAAAUAUUUGUAAUCUCUAAAUAAAGAGUCACAAAGUAA